AUGCGCGGUGUUUACUGGGAGUCAGCAUCUGUGAGAGGAAGAGGAGGAAGUGGGAUUUGGGGGUGGAAGAAGUUGAACUUCGAAGCAGCCUUAUUUGGAGGUGGACGGUCCUCAGAGCAGUGUGAUCUCAGGGGAGGUGGCUCUCUGCUGCUCAGGCAGCUCCUCAAGGGGCUGAGAGGUGGAGGCCAUCGGCUGGAGGCCACCCCCAGCGCUGGGCCGAGAGCCUGCCUGAUGCGUUCAACUGCGCUGAGGCCGGAGCAGCCUGCCGAGUCCUGCGAACAUGACACGGGGUCUCGGGGUCUCGUCGGGCUGCAGCGCAGAGGGGGCGGGGACAGAUAUUCUAGGAAGUUGGAGAGCCCAGCCGCGUUUGAAGCAUCAGCAGGUGGAGCUGAAGAGCUAAUGGAGCUGCUCGCGGCAGGCUGCAGUGAGAGCACCACAGAAAUGCAGACCGAAGAGGGCCAUCGGUGGGCCAGAAGGGCUCUGCUUCUGGGCAUCCUCUGGGCCACCGCACACCUGCCUUCCUUGGGUGCCCCUCUGCCCCAGCGCCUCCCGAGGGCCACAGGUAAUACCUCCCAAUGUGCCGUGCCUUCGUCCCUGGAAUUUCCUGAAGGGUUUUUCACGAAACAGGAGCGCACAGAUGGAGGCAUUGUAAUCUACUUCCUAAUUAUCCUGUACAUGAUCAUGGCCUUGUCUAUUGUCUGUGACGAGUACUUCCUACCCUCCCUGGAAAUCAUCAGUGAAUCCCUUGGACUGUCUCAGGAUGUUGCAGGUGCAACUUUUAUGGCAGCCGGUAGUUCUGCUCCUGAGCUGGUUACUGCUUUCCUGGGUGUAUUUAUCACAAAGGGAGACAUUGGCAUUAGCACCAUUCUUGGAUCUGCACUGUAUAACCUCUUUGGCAUCUGUGCAGCUUGUGGCCUACUAUCUAACGUGGCCUCAACGCUAUCAUGCUGGCCCUUAUUCAGAGACUGUGCAGCAUAUGCAAUCAGUGUAGCCGCAGUUCUUGGCAUAAUAUUCGACAACCAAGUUUACUGGUAUGAAGGAACUUUACUGCUUUUGAUAUAUGGAUUAUAUGUUUUGGUGCUGUGUUUUGACAUUAAAAUUAACCAAUAUAUUAUAAAGAAAUUCAGCCCUUGCUGCACUUGUCUUGGCCAAGCUACGGAGAGACGUGAGCAGGAACCUCUGAUGGGAUGGGAAGACGAGGGCCAGCCGCUCAUCGGGCGGCGAUCAAGAACUGACAGCGGGAUAUUUCAGGACGACUCUGGCUACUCUCAGCUGCCUUUAAGUUUACACGGUCUUAGUCAGGUUUCUGAAGAUCCACCAAGUGUUUUCAACAUGCCUGAAGCAGACUUAAAAAGAAUUUUUUGGGUACUAUCCCUUCCUAUCAUUACCUUACUUUUUCUAACCACUCCAGAUUGUAGAAGAAAGUUUUGGAAAAAUUAUUUUAUCAUAACCUUUUUCAUGUCGGCACUGUGGAUAUCUGCAUUUACAUACAUCCUGGUUUGGAUGGUCACAAUAACUGGGGAGACACUAGAAAUUCCAGACACAGUAAUGGGCCUUACUUUACUAGCAGCAGGAACAAGCCUGCCAGAUACGAUUGCCAGUGUGUUGGUUGCAAGAAAAGGCAAAGGAGACAUGGCUGUGUCUAACAUCGUGGGGUCCAACGUGUUUGAUAUGCUCUGCCUCGGGGCCCCGUGGCUUGUUAAAACCGCGUUUACCAACGCGUCCGCCCCUGUGGAGGUGAACAGCACAGGGCUGACUUACGUGACCGUCGCUCUCAGCAUUUCUAUUGUGUUCCUUUUCUCAGCAGUUCACUUCAACAGCUGGAAACUAGACAGAAAGCUGGGAGUAGUCUGCCUAUUAUUAUACUUGGGGAUUGCCACAUUAUCAGUUCUACAUGAACUUGGAAUCAUUGGGAAUAAUAAAAUAAAGGGCUGUGGAGGUUGAUAUUAAUAGUGUUAUGUGGAAAAUGUGGAUGAUAGGAGAAGGAAGAGAAGAAAAACUCCGUUUCUUCAUUUAAG